AAAAAUUUUUGUCGGUAACAAUCAUAUUACACAUCUAAUCAUCAAACUUUUAAACAACAAAAAACAAAUUCCUUAUAUUUUUUACUGUACAAAAUUUUUUUUUUUUUUUUUUUUGAUGAUAAUCACCAUAAAGAUAGAUUCUUUUUGAUAUGAAUCAAAAUUUUGUUUUAUUUCUUCCAUUUUCUCAUUAGUCGUAUUUGGUUCAGGUCCGACUACUCACCACCAAAAAAAAAACAAUUAAUUUCAAUACAAUCUUUUUGAUUUUAUUCAUAUUUCGUAUUGCUAUCAAAUUGUUUUAACCAUAUAUAGUAAUUAUUCAAAGAAAUGUAAAUUGUGUCCUGUGAUUAUCAUUGUGUUGCAGGAUUUUUUUUAUUUUAUUUUAGAGCUAUUUAUAUUUAUAUGGCCACCACCACUUUGUUCCACGACCAACAGUUUAGCAAUUGUUUUUACAUUUUAUCCAAAUAAACAUAAUCACAAUGGACAAUCAAUGUCCAAUGCAAGGAUGUGAUGGAAGUGGACAUAUAUCUGGCCUAUUCUCUACACAUCGUAGCCUUUCCGGUUGUCCUUUAAGUCUUCGUUUUAUUGAAUUACAACAUCAAAAUCAUUUGAAACAAUGUCCAACACCAGGUUGUGAUGGUUUUGGUAAUACGAAAAACAUGUAUACCCAUCAUCGAAGUGUUCAACGUUGCCCAUUGAUUAAAAAACAAUUGGAAAAAAGCAAUGUGACCAUCGAACAAAUGGAAAGCAUGUUGUUUGGUAAUGAUAAAGAUUCACUUGUAGAUCUACAAUCAUCAUUCGCUCAAUCGAGUAACGACAAUAUGGACAUGUCAUCAUCGCUUAAAACUGAAUCGAAAAAGGUCACCUUUCAAUCACAAAAUGCGAAUACCGUUUGUAAUCGAUUAAUGGUGAAACAAUCACAAAAUGGUAUCAUAAAAAAUAAGUAUAAAAAACAAAACAUGAACAAAAUGAAUGUGGCUACAAAUAAUUUUGUUUUGAAUUUGAAUGGAAACAUUGAGCCAAAAAAAUCCAUCACUACAUCGAUCAAUGAUGGUCAAAUGAAGAAAAUCGAAGAUAGCUUUCAAUUACAAACACUCAAUUGUGAUAUGAAAUCCAUUGAUUUGUUGACAGAGAAUGAAUGUUAUAUGCAAAAAAGUCUGAUGAAUCUAAUGAACCAAUAUGACAUUCUACAGAAACAAGAAAUCGACAUUUAUCUUCAAAUAUCAUCGACAGAAAAAAUUAUCAAAAAAAUGUUUGCAGAAAAGAAUAAAAUUCUAUCACGAAUUCAAACAAAUAGCGAUUCAAUACGAAAUGUAUGUAAAAAAAUUCAUGAUCUUAAUAUCAGUGACAAACUAAACAUUGAGGCAACAUUGGAUGAAUGUUUUGAUUUAAUUGCUGAAAUCCUUGAAAAUCGCCAAAAAAAAGAUUAUAAAAAAUUGUUUGAAUUUAUCAAAGAAAAUUUCAAAUUGACAUAA